GAGUGGGAAGCAGACAAGGUCGCGGUGCCCACGUGAGCGCGUUCGUACGCAUUGGCAGCUCCUCUGGUCACAGACGGACCAGUUCGAAUCGUGGCUCGCGAGCGAAAUGUGCUCCGCCACCUCGCACCGCCGCUUCUGACCUGCGACACGCACCCUGGCCCAGUCGAUCAGAUGACCUGAAACCUGCACCCGGCCAGCAGCAUGGAGGAGCAGCCGCAGAAGGAACUGGGCAUUUUGCACCGCAUCAGCACCGCCAUCGUCAACUACCUCGAAGCCAUGUUCUACAGGAGAGGCUUCGACAUCGCGACUCGUCCACGGCGACACGUGGCCAUCUGCGUGCUGCUGACGGUGCUUUGCUCCUUCGGGUUCUUCCGCUUCCGGCAGGAGCAGCAGCCGGUCAAACUGUGGCUGCCUCGCAAUUCCAAUUUCGUGCGAGACUUCAACUGGCUCAUGGAGAACUACGGCGAAUUCUAUCGCAUUCAGUCCGUCAUCAUCACCGCCGACGACGUCCUCCAGCCGGAUGUCAUUUUGCAGUUGGAAGAGAUCCAUAGCAAAGUGAAGGGAAUCUCAGUGAACGGCGUCCAGUGGUCCGACAUCUGCUUCAAGAUUCCGGCGCUGACUCUGUCGUCUCGACGACGCAGAAGAGAUCUGAACCAACUCUACGACAGUCUGCCGCCCAAGUACAAAAGUGAUCCGAGCGUGGCCCUCGGCGACUCAAUUUACUGCGCCUUCAUUCAGGCUCUGGACAGGAAGUGCCUCGAGAGGACGCUUUUGGAUCUCUGGAGUUACGAUCGCUCUAUAAUUCAGACGCUCACCAAAGACAAAAUUAUUGAAACGCUCAACAAAACAUCAGUCAGCCCUGUUUUUGGGCACCCUAUGGAAUACGUGCCCCUGUUGGGUGGUGUGGAAAGAAACGCCUCAGGGAUGAUCGUCUCCGCCAAGUCCCUGCUCACUUUUUGGGUCGUGCACGUCAACUUUUCCAACGUCGACUACGAGAAAAGCGGCAACCUGGCCGGCACAGGAGAUUUAGGUGACGCAAAAAGCCUUGAGUGGGAGAUCGAGUUUUCCAAUGUGAUGAACGUGAUUGCGGCCAACGUGACCGAUAUGAACGUUUUUUACACUUCUGGGAGAAGUUUUUCAGACAUCAGCAACAACGCGAUGUUUCAGGACAUUGAAAAACUUCUGAUGGGCGGCAUGCUAAUGUUUGUCUACAUCCAACUUCAACUUUCAAAAUGCAACUGGGUUGAAUUAAGGUUGUAUUUGGGUAUGGCUGGAAUGUUGAGCAUAGUUCUUGCCCUCAUCGUCUCCUACGGCUUCUGUUCAAUGCUCGGAAUCUUCUUUGGACCCGUGCACCACUCGCUGCCCUUUUUGCUGCUUGGCAUAGGGGUUGACGACAUGUUUAUCAUCAUGCAAAACUUCUUCAAUCUGUCCCCCGCUGAGAAAAUCAAGCCCCUGCCUGAGAAGAUUGGGCUGAUGAUGCAGCACGCCGGAGCCUCCAUCACCGUUACUUCACUUACAGAUUUCGUCGCGUUUGCCAUUGGUUCUGCAACGAUCCUGCCUUGCUUGCAAUCAUUUUGCCUGUACGCAGCGGUCGGCAUAUUGGCCACCUAUUUUUUCCAGUCGACCUUUUUCGUGGCGUGUCUGACUUGGGACGAGCGGAGAAUCGAACAGAAGCGAAACGGGGUCGCCUUCUGCAUCAAACAUGAGAGCUUCGAGCCCAACAUUUACCACCGGAAGCAAAUUUCAAAGACCAUCUUCGGUUCUCUGUACGCCAAUUACAUUCUCACCACGCCAGGAAAGGUACUGGUUUUGCUGGCGACUCUUGGUGUGACCGGCAUCAGCGUUUGGGGCAAUUUGCAUCUUCGACAGGAGUUUGACCAAAUGUGGUUCAUUCCAAAGAAUACGCAUCUCGCAAAUUUCAGCGAGGCCAAAACGCAUUAUUAUCCAGAGGACGGCCAGGAGGCGGCCGUUUACAUGGGCCGACUCAACUACUCAGUCGAGUUUCGCCGAAUACAAAAACUAGUCAACGAAUUUCGCAAGCAGGACGACAUCCUUCAUGAUGUGAAAGCCUGGUCGGACGAGUUUCACAAAUAUGUCAACGACAAUUACCACAUAAAUUUGCAGAAACAAAUUUUGUCUGACGCUGAAUUUUCGAGAUAUAUUUCAAAGUUCCUCUACAGCCCUACUGGUGCUAUUUUUGAAAAAGACUUUCGAUUUGACGGGAAAUUGACUUGCGGCCAGCCAGCACCGCCUGUUGUGCUUUCAAGUUUUGAGUUUAAGUUCAGAAUAUUCAGCGGAUCUGAGGAGCACAUCCCUGCCUUGAGGCGAGUGCGAAAUCUCACCGAGUUGGCCAAUUUCAAAACAGGCGACAAAUUUGUCACUGUGUGGGGAAAGAUUUUCGCCAACUGGGUUACAGAUGAGGUCAUUGACGCAGAAAUGUACCGCAACCUGGCGCUAGCUAUGUUCUGCGUCAUGAUCAGCACCUUCAUUCUGAUCGCCAACGUCCGAACCUGUCUCUUGGUGCUGCUCUGUGUGGUCCUCACUUUGAUCGACGUUGGAGGGAUGAUGUUUUUCUGGGGAAUGACCAUCGACAUUGUCUCCUGCGUUGGUCUCGUGCUGGCCGUCGGCCUGUGCGUCGAUUACGCUGCCCACAUCGGCCUCACUUUCAUGACCUACGUGGGAUCCAAAAACCACCGAGCGCUCAGGACCAUCCGAGAAACUGGCCCAGCCGUCUGGAACGGUGGAAUCAGCACCCUCUUGGCGCUCUCGGUCCUUGCCGACUCAGACGCUCACGUUUUUAUUGCAUUUUUCAAGAUUUUCCUGCUGGUCGUCGUGUUUGGCCUUUUCAAUGGCAUCGUCCUCCUGCCAGUCUUGUUGAGCCUGAUUGGUCCCAAGCCGUACCACACAGCCGGCGAGGACGGCACGGAGAGGCGGCCGAAAAUAUACACGCCGCGCAAAGAGACCAACACAAGCCCUCAGGACACGGUCAACGGCGCCGCCAUAAAGUUCAUAAACCCCAAAGUGGUGGUGCAAAACGCGCAGGGCCAAGAAGUGGCUCUCGAGCUGCUUGACAAGUCCACCAGCACCAACGACGUGGGCAAUUAGUGCUAGAGUGACGUGAAGGGAUUGCAAAAAUUUUGUGAAAACUUUCCCAACUAGACGCACAUGCAGCACAAAUUCAAAGAGACUAAAAAUAAGUGCGGCAACUUUAUCCACCAUUGACAGCAUAAUGAUGAUCGAUAUAUAUGUGUUAUUUAUUUUUGUAAAAAGUUAAAUCCAUAAAAUUUCAAUGGACAUUGAUGUAAAGUGCACCAAUACGGCAAAAAAAAAUAUAUGUAUAAAACAAAAUUUGUGACUAAAAUUUGCUUUAA